CGAGGGAGAUGUGUGGUGAGAGAGAGCUGUGAAUCCCAGGGGGAUUUGUUAGGCUGCUAUAAAGCACGUCAGUCAACCCGCCACUUUGAUUUUCUGCAGUUUAGCUAUAAGAUAUAAUCCAGAUAAGCAGUAUGCACUGGGAGAAAUCGCCACCACCAGGCCUGUCCAGGUCCAGACCAUACCAAGGUGUUCGGGUCCGAGACCCGGUCAAAGAGCUGCUGAGGAGGAAGAGAAGUCUGGAGCCCCACGGCACCAAGACGGCGCCCCCUACUGCGGAUGUGGCAACACACAACAACCAGUCAUCAUACCUACACGGCAUGUUUGUCUCCGACGUUGCCGAGCCACUGGCUGCAGUCGGUGAUGGAGGUCUGCAGCAGUGUGCCGGGUGGAGAGCAGCACCGUCUGCCGGCGGCGUCCUGCAGCCCGCUGUGACGUCGUGGUCGUCGUCAGGGUACAACCAGCAGGACGCCCCGGCUCAGACUCUGGCCUACCCGCCGAACUCCACCAUCACCACCGACGUGUACAUGCAGACUCUGUGUCCCAGCUACACCAUGCUGACCUACACCCACACACCACUGCUCACUAACUUUGGGGCCAUCCCUGUGGCUCAAGCUCCAGGAUCCUUCCCUCAGAUGGAGCUCCCAGACUCAGGGUUGACCUACCUCCCCUGGGCCCAGCCCAUCACCACCAUAUCCACCAUGCCCAACCAGGUCCAGUUUGCCCCCGGCUCUGCAGCCCUGCCCGGGUCUCCUCUGGUCCACAUGCCCUUGUCCAUGUCCUUGACCACCAUGAUCCCUCAGCUGGAGGCUCAGGGUCCAGAUCACCAGCAGAUACUGGACCUGCCGCAGCGUUCAGAGCACCAAAUGGACCCGGAUCUACAAGGCCAGUCUCUGGAUGACGAUCCAGGGGUGGAGUCGGAGGCACCGAGCCUCCUGGAUAAACUUCUGGAGGAUCAAAAGGGGGAUGAUGAAGAGGAGGACAAAGACUCGUACAGCAGCUCGCUCUUCAUUCCAAAUGCCUGAAAAUAUGAUUUUUGUUCUUCUGUCUGAAGAGAGGAGCAUUUUGUUUCUGUUUGUUUCUCAGGGACCAGCUUUAAAGGAUAAAUUGGGUUUAUAACAACUUAUAUUGAUUAUCAUUCCACUGUACUUACUGAAGUAGGUGCUGAGAUCAACUCUGAAUAAUUUAGUUGGUGAAAAUGGGAAAAUCGCAGCAAAAAAAAAGAUCUGGUUCUAAAAGUUGAAGUCAAAGCUUCAUGUCUUAAAGCUGCAUUCUCCUUAAUGUCCCCACCACUGCGUUAUAAACUCUUUUACAGUGUGUUUUCAGUUCAUAAAAGUUGAUUGAAACAUUUUUGGUUGCCUGAAAAUGUCUUAUUCAGUUUUCUGUUGUAAUUAGCUCCACCCUCUUGUGUCACUUCUGGUUGCAAAAAACCAAGAUGGCGACGACCAAAAUGCCCAACUCCAGGACUCAAAACAUUAUUCAACUUCUUAUAUACCAUUUAUGACAACUGCCCCCCUUAUUGGCUAAUCAUUUGUAAUUAUAAACUUGUUUAGUAAUAUUCACCCCAAUAGCUCAAUAAAAGGGCUAAACUUCUGCUGUAAAUCACAUCAAACAGAAGGAGCUUUUGGCUGUUUUAAGACUAUUUUCUAAAUGACUAUGUAAGAUAUAUAUAUAUAUAUAUAAAUGCUUUUCUACACCUAUAAUUGAGUUCUAUUUAUGUUUGCAGCUGUUACAUUUUUGCAGCAAAUUGUGUUGUUAAAAAACUGAAAAAAAAGGUGUCAUGUCACAGUUUUCUGAGAAACAGUUACCCUGUAGUGCUGUCCGCCUCCUCGUAGCCUUGAGGUGUUUCACAUAAAUGCUGUCUGUUAAAAAGAGCCUGCAGAAUUAUCACGUGUUACUGCAAAGCCUGUUUUUUCUUUUUUUCUAGCUGAUGAUUUUGUAUCAAACCAGAAGAAGAGCUGGACUCAGAAUAAAGACUGAGGAGGAAGUUACUGCACUGACUGUCAGUGUUUGUCUGCACCAUCGGAGAUUUUGCUCAACAGAACAACAUGGAGUUUGGAAACAGGCCAUGGAUUUGAAAGUGCUAUUAAAGUCCUGCAAGAAUUUCUUAAAAAUGUAUUCUGUAAUAAAGAAUAACAAUCUGAAAAGUUCAGAAUCUUUAAACUGACUUUAUGUCAAUCGAUAAAUAAGACAUUGUGGAUUGUCCUACUUUGACAUA